UGCCCCGCCACCGCACGUUCUAACUAAGCCGGGUUUGCUUUCCAUCGACCACCACAGCGACGACGACGGACGCACGCGUUCACCGAUAGCUUCGCCACCAUGGAGAGCGUCUUGGACUUCUCGCGGGAGUUCGAUGUCUCGGUCAUGGACAAUGUGGUCAUCGCAUUCUACUCGGGCUCAGGACAGGAACAACAAAUGGCCCAACAAGUCUUGACGCAGUUUCAAGAGAACCCGGACGCGUGGACGAGAGUGCCUGAUGUCCUUGAACGUUCAUCGUUCCCUCAAACAAAAUACAUCGGACUUCAGAUCUUGGAGAAGCUGAUCACGACGAGGUGGAAGUCGCUGCCAGAGGGCCAGCGGCAAGGAAUCCGGAACUUCGUUGUCGGCAUCACUGUCAAGGUGUCGUCCGAUGAGGGAACAAUGCGGAGAGAGAAGACGUAUUUGAACAAGCUGAACUUGGCACUCGUUCAGAUCCUCAAGCAGGAGUGGCCACAGAAUUGGCCCUCGUUCAUCACGGAACUCGUGGAGUCGUCAAAAACGAACUUAUCACUUUGCGAGAACAACAUGGUCAUAUUGAAGCUACUGUCGGAGGAGAUCUUCGACUUCUCAGCCGAGCAAAUGACACAAGCGAAAGUGAAACACCUGAAGAAUCAGAUGUGUGGCGAGUUCUCCGAAAUCUUCAAACUUUGCUCGGAGAUUCUCGAGGAGGCCCAGAAGACGACCUUGAUCAAGGCCACUCUGGAGACGCUGCUGAGAUUCCUGAACUGGAUCCCCCUCGGCUACAUCUUUGAGACAACGAUUAUUGACCUCCUGCUCAACAGGUUUCUGGAGGCCCCCGAAUUCCGUAACAUCACUCUCAAGUGCCUCGCUGAGAUCGCAGCUCUCAAUGUUGGUCCCGAAUACGACCCCAAAUUCGUCAUCCUGUUUGCGAUGGUCAUGACGUCGGUGAACCGAAUGAUCCCUCCCAGUACGAACAUCGCAGCGGCAUACGCGGCCGCUGGUGACGCAGGACAAGAAUUGGUUCUCAAUCUCGCGUUGUUCUUGUCGAACUUCCUGCAAAACCAUUUACGUGCGGUAGAGACGGACACGAACCGGGACGUCCUGCUCAAUGCGCAUCUUUACAUGGUGAAGAUAUCCCAGGUCGAUGAGCGGGAGAUCUUCAAAAUCUGCUUGGAGUACUGGCUCAAGCUGGUCUCUGAGCUGUACGAGGAGAUUCAGGCGCUCCCCAUUGGCGAGAGUGGCUUGCUAAUGGGCCUAAGCCUUGGUUCGAGCCAGUCCAUGCUCAACGGUAUCGCACUCCGGAAGAACAUCUACAGCGAUGUGCUUUCGAACUUGCGCUUGGUCGUCAUCGAGAAGAUGGUCAAGCCCGAGGAGGUGCUUAUCGUCGAGAACGAGGAAGGCGAGAUCGUUCGUGAGUUCAUGAAGGAGAGCGACACCAUUGUUCUCUACAAGUCCAUGCGCGAACUACUCGUCUACUUGACGCAUCUCGACGUGAAUGAUACGGAGAAUAUCCUGACCGAGAAGCUUGCCAAGCAGGUGGACGGGUCAGAAUGGUCCUGGCAGAACCUGAACACCCUCUGCUGGGCCAUCGGUUCCAUUUCUGGUGCUAUGAACGAGGAGACGGAGAAGCGCUUCCUUGUUACGGUCAUCAAGGACUUGCUAGGUCUCUGUGAGAUCAAGCGGGGGAAGGACAACAAGGCUGUUGUCGCGUCGGAUAUCAUGUAUAUCGUCGGACAAUAUCCUCGUUUCCUCAAAGCGCACUGGAAGUUCUUGAAGACUGUCGUCAACAAGCUCUUCGAGUUCAUGCAUGAAACGCACGAAGGUGUGCAAGACAUGGCAUGUGAUACGUUCAUCAAGAUCGCGCAGAAGUGCAGGCGGCACUUCGUCAUGCAGCAGUCGGGGGAGUCUGAGCCCUUCGUCGAUGACAUCCUUCGGUCGUUACACAGAAUCACAGUCGAUCUGUCGCCACAGCAGGUCCAUACGUUCUACGAAGCUGUGGGAUACAUGAUCUCGGCAACGCCGAACAAGCCUCAGCAAGAAAAGCUGAUUGCUAAGCUGAUGGAGCUGCCUAACAACGCCUGGGACUCCUUGAUGCAGCAGGCAGCACAAAACAUGGACGUCCUGUCGAGCGACGAGAACAUCAAGAUCCUCUCGAACGUGCUCAAGACUAACGUCGCGGCAUGUACUUCCAUUGGCAGCCUCUACCUGCCGCAGAUCGGUCGUGUAUUCCUCGACAUGUUGGGCUUGUACAAGGCCGUCAGUGGGAUCAUCAGCGAAACCGUGGCGCGUGAAGGCUUGAUUGCGACCAAGACCCCGAAAGUCCGGUACUUGCGGACCAUCAAGAAGGAGAUCUUGAAGCUCAUGGAGACAUUUAUCAAGAAGGCCGAGGAUCUCGAGGCCGUCAACAUGAACUUCAUGCCUCCCUUGCUCGAUGCCAUCCUCGGCGAUUACAACCGCAACGUGCCUGCAGCACGAGAUGCGGAGGUCUUGAACGUCAUGGCGACAAUCAUUGGACGUCUCGGGCCUCUGCUUACGCCUCAAGUGCCCGCCAUUCUGGAAGCUGUGUUCGAGCCUACGCUCAACAUGAUCAACCAAGACUUUGCUGAGUUCCCAGAACAUCGUGCCGGCUUCUUCAAGUUGCUACGGGCGAUCAACCUCAAUUGCUUCCCAGCCUUGCUCACGGUGCCGCCGCAACAAUUUAAGCUGUUCAUGGACAGUAUUAUUUGGGCGAUCAAGCACACGAUGCGAGAUAUUGCAGAGACUGGGCUGAACUUGUGCUUGGAGGUCGUCAACAACUUCGCCGGUGCCGACCCAGCGGUGUCAAACGCCUUCUUCCAGCAGUACUUCCUCAGUAUCAUACAGGACAUCUUCUUCGUGCUCACCGACACCGACCACAAGAGCGGCUUCAAGCUACAGUCAAUGUUGCUUGCUCGCAUGUUCCAGCUGGUCGAGACAAAUCAGAUCUCGAUGCCGCUCUUCGACCCUGCGUCAGUGCCAGAUCCGACGAUGGGCAACUCGAUGUUCCUGAAGGAGUACACCGCCAACUUGCUCAAGAAUGCGUUCCCGCACGUGCAAUUGGGCCCGAUCCAGACGUUCGUGUUGAACUUGGCGGAGUACCACAGCGACAUCAACCGCUUCAAGCUCGCUCUGCGUGACUUCCUCAUCCAAUUGAAGGAGUUCUCCGGAGACAACGCAGAGUUGUACUUGGAAGAAAAGGAGGCUGAAGCACAGCGCAAGGCGGAAGAAGAGCGUAUGGCGGCGAUGCGCAUCCCGGGCAUGUUGAAGCCGUCGCAGCUAGAAGACAAGGACGAGGAUAUCUGAAGAAGGACUGCUCCGGAUACGCGCCGCUGUAUGAUAGACUCCGUCGACUUGGUGUCCAAAUUUGGUUCGACUGCUGCUGCAACGUAUUUGUAUUCUGGUUCUCCCCUGCCUCCACCACCCCAAUCCCCGUCCCCGUCGCCCCUACCUCAUUGUAACUUUGUCUCGCAGCAGCAGUGUAUAAUCGCGCUAUCGUCAUCUCGCUGUUCCCGCAUAUAUGUCCCACAUGUACAAGUAGCUUACGACAGGAAUACACAUGAGGAUAAUGUACCGUCA